AUGCAAAACUUAAAGGUCGUAGUUGUUGGUGAUGGAGCAGUUGGCAAGAGUUGUCUUCUGAUCGCAUACACUACCAAUGCAUUCCCUGGAGAAUAUGUACCAACAGUGUUUGAUAACUACUCUGCCAAUGUGAUGUUUGAAGGAAAGCCUUUCAACAUUGGACUGUUUGAUACUGCUGGUCAAGAGGACUAUGAUAGACUGAGACCAUUGUCAUACCCACAGACUGACGUAUUCAUGGUCUGUUUCUCUGUUAUAUCACGUGCCUCCUUUGAGAACGUCAAGUACAAGUGGCACCAAGAGAUCGUGCACCACUGUCCAGGCAUCCCCAUGAUCCUCGUCGGCACCAAGUGCGAUCUCAGAGGUUCGGGCAAGCCCGAGAUCUCGCAGAAGGAAGCUCACGACCUGGCCAAGGAGCUAGGCUACAUCGGCUACGUCGAGACGUCCGCACUGGUUCAGACCAAUCUCAAGCAGCUGUUUGACACUGCCAUCAAGGGCACCAUGUCUGGCGCCUACAAGAAGUCCAAGGCAACCAAGACCAAGAGUGGCAAGCCAAUGCCAGUGCCACCCGCCAUGCCACCCGCAGGCAAGGCACCAUGGAUCAACAUCAUCACCUCGACGUACGAGAAGGAGAUGAAGCAGACGCUCGAUCAUCAGAAGUUUGCCGAUGUCAAGUUCACAUUCGAGAAUGACAAACCCAUCCUCGCUCACAGAGUAGUACUAUGCUCGGCCUCACAGGUGUUCCGUCGUCUGUUCGCCGUCACACUCAACACUGAUCACUCUGCCUUCACACCAGAGGACAUUAGCGAGGGCCGCGUCAAGGGCAUCGUCGCCAAGAAGACCGUUCCCAUGGCUCACUAUGAAGAUGGAUCGCUUUCAAACGGUGAGCAGGUCGAGAUCCAGGUUGCUUCAAAGAUCAGCAGACGCAUCUUCUAUCGCUACCUCGAAUUCAUUUACACUGGCCUUCUAAACUGCGUGGACAAGACCGAUCAGCUCAAGGAGACUAUUGAAGUGGCCGAGAUGUUUGAGUGCAAGUAUCUGGUUUCAGCCUGCAAGAACCUUGGCAAUGGCGCUGAGGAUCUCAACCCAAGCAUUGGAACAUUCUUGAACGACGAGAUUGGUGAGCGCAGCAAGGAGCUAUUCUUUGACAAGAAGAUCUUCUCGGAUAUUCAGUUUGUCGUCGAGGGCAAGACAUUCUACGCUCACAAGGCAUUCAUCUAUGCUCGCUCCAACGUCAUCAACUCAUACAUUGCGUCAACCAGCACAUUCUCGGAGCGUGAUGAUGCCACAAUCAAGGUCGAACAAUCCACCUCUGACAACUUCAAGGCCGUUCUCGAGUACCUGUACACAGCCCACGCACCCAUUGAGGAGGGCGACUCAGUCGGCAUCCUGGUGCUGGCCAACCGUUUUGGACUUUCGCGUCUGGUGUCUCUGUGCGAGCUGUACAUAUCAAAGGAGAUUGAGAAGGCCACCGAGGUGGGCAUCUUCCGCUCGGAGUUGGACAUCAUUGGACUGCUGAUCUGCGCCAAGGCACACAAUGCCGAGCAGUUGUCCAAGUUCUGUCUGCACUUUAUCUCGUCCAACUACCAACCCAUGAGGAAGAGAAAGGAGUUUGAGAAGCUGGACAGCUCCACCAAGAAGUAUCUGGAAGAGAACCAGUGGCCUCCAGUAUGGUACAUCACCGCCUGUGAGGAGUACGAGCAAGAGAUGGCCAAGUUGAACGACAAGAACUGUUCAAUCAUGUAA